AUGCCAUCGGGGGGCUCGCAAGUUCCGUGCACGUCUGGUAUCCACUUGGUACUGACCGCGUACCGUACCGUUUUCGGCACGUGCGCCGAGCCGUUCGAGCUGUGGUCCCAGAGCUUUGAUUGGCGGGUUCUCAACCCAGCAAUGAACAGCUCGCACUUGACCAGCAACGUGUACUGUCAUGGACGGGGCCGUACGAUCCAUGGAAUCCUCCGCCGAUCCUACGUCAAGCCACGCUGGAGUCGUCCACGGGCAGGGGAGGCACCACCGCCACAACAUGACGAUGCGGCGUCCAGGUUCAAUAAUAUCUUCGAAUCUUCAAAUGAGGUUGCGAAGCAGAAAAAGUCAUCGGUCAUGGACCGUUGA